ACGGAUCCGACUCCCGUUGGACCGGAGGUUCUGGGAGGAGGAAGAGGAGGAAGAGGUGGGGCCUUCCUCUGAAGGAGCUUCAUUAGCACCAGCAGGAUGGAGACCAGCAGGAACAGAACCAUGGCCGACUCUCAGAACCGGACCGGCUCUGAUGAGCUCAUCUUCUUUGUGAAUGGAAGGAAGAUUGUUGAAAAAAACCCAGAUCCUGAGACGACUCUGCUGACGUACCUGAGGAGGAAACUGGGGCUGACAGGAACCAAGCUGGGCUGUGCUGAAGGGGGAUGUGGCGCCUGCACCGUCAUGCUGUCCCGAUACCAGGCGGAGCCGCAGCAGCUGCUACAUUACGCCGUGAACGCCUGCCUCGCACCCCUGUGCUCUCUACACCUGGUUGCCGUGACAACGGUGGAGGGAAUUGGCAGCGUGGCGAGGAAGCUGCACCCUGUACAGGAACGGAUCGCCAGGUCUCACGGCUCUCAGUGUGGUUUCUGCACUCCGGGAAUCGUCAUGUCUAUGUACGCACUGCUGAGGAACAACCCCACUCCAAACAUGGCCGACGUGGAGGAGGCCUUCCAAGGAAAUCUGUGCCGCUGUACAGGAUACAGACCGAUUCUGGAGGGAUACAAAACCUUCACGGUGAAAGGCGGAUGUUGUGGAGGCAAAGGACAAAAUGGCUGCUGUAUGACCAAUGGGAACGGAGCUUUCCAAGGGUCAAAGGACAAACCAGAGGAGGCAACAUCUCUGUUCAACCCAGCAGACUUUGAGCCUUACGAUCCCACACAGGAAGUCAUCUUCCCCCCUGAACUCAUGAAUCUGUCUAAAGGUCAAAGAUCAUCACGUUCUCUGUGUUUCCAUGGAGACCGGACAACAUGGCUGCAGCCAGAGAGCCUGGAUGAGCUUCUGCUCCUGAAGUGGAAACAUCCAGACGCCCGACUGGUGGUAGGAAACACUGAAGUGGGUAUUGAAGUCAAAUUUAAAAACAUGGUGUACCCUGUGGUCUUGGCUCCGGGUUUCAUCGCUGAGCUGAACGCAGUGACUCACACUGAGGAUGGCGUCGUGUUUGGUGCAGCAUGCACCCUCAGCCACAUGGGGGCGGUGCUGAAAGAGGCCGUUCAGAGUCUUCCUCCUCACCAGACUCAAGUCUUCCAGGCCAUCUUGGAGCAGCUGCGAUGGUUUGCAGGACAGCAGAUCCGUAACGUAGCUGCCAUUGGUGGAAACAUCAUGACAGCCAGUCCCAUAUCAGACCUCAACCCUGUGUUUAUGGUGGCGGGCUGUAAACUCACCCUGAGGGACAAAGAUGGCAGUCGGGAGGUUCAGAUGGAUGACGGUUUCUUCACAGGUUACAGGAAGACAACUGUACGACCUCAGGAGAUCCUGCUCUCUAUACUCAUCCCAUACAGCAAGAAGUGUCAGUUCGUCUCAGCCUUCAAGCAGUCCCCACGCCGUGAGGAUGACAUCAGCAUCGUCACCGCGGCGAUGAGCGCCAUCUUCUCUCCUGGGACUGAUAUAGUUAAAGACCUGAGGCUGAGUUAUGGUGGCAUGGCGCCGGUGACGGCACUGGCCAAAAAAACGGCAAACCGGCUGCUGGGAAGGCAGUGGGGGGAGGAGCUUCUUCAGGAGGCUUGCUCCUCAUUGGCUGAGGAGAUGAGCCUCGACCCCUCUGCACCCGGUGGCAUGGUGACGUACCGGCAGACCCUGACCCUAAGCCUUUUCUACAAGUUCUACCUGACGGUUCUACAGAAGCUCAGAUUGCAGGGUCUGAGUGUUCAGGAGGUUAGCUCAGAGUGUCUGAGUGCCACAGAGAUUUACCAUCCAGAGACACCGUCCAGCGUUCAGGUCUACCAGGCGGUGCCAGAGGGGCAGAACCAGGAUGACAUGGUGGGCUGUCCCAUAAUGCACCUGUCAGCCUUGAAGCAGGCCACAGGUGAGGCGGUUUACUGUGACGAUGUGCCUCUCUACGAGAAUGAGCUUUACCUGGCCCUCAUCACCAGCACCAAGGCUCACGCUAGGAUACUCUCUGUGGAUGUAUCAGCGGCAGAGCGGUGUCCCGGAGUCGUCUGCUGUCUUUUUGCCAGUGACGUUCCCGGCAGUAACGUAACUGGAGUAAGACAAGACGAGACAGUCUUCGCCGACGGCCAGGUGACCUGUGUGGGUCACAUUAUCGGUGCUGUGGUGGCCGACUCUCAGCUUCAUGCUCAGAGAGCUGCCAAAGCUGUGAGGAUCCAGUAUGAAGAGCUGAAGCCCAUCGUCACCAUCCAGGAAGCCAUUGCCGCCCAGUCCUUCUAUGAACCAAUCAGAGCCAUCCAGAAUGGAGACAUGGAAGCAGGCUUUAAACAAGCUGAUCACAUACUGGAGGGUGAGAUCCAUAUGGGAGGUCAGGAGCAUUUUUACCUGGAGACAAACGUCACUCUAGCUGUUCCCCGAGAAGAAGAUGGAGAAAUGGAGCUCUUCAUUUCCAGCCAAUCACCUUCUGAUUCUCAGUCUUUUGUAGCAAAGGCCUUGGGUGUCCCAGCUAACAGGGUGCUGGUACGAGUUAAGCGGAUGGGUGGAGGGUUUGGAGGAAAAGAAAGUCGGACCACUGUGUUGUCCACUGUUGUUGCCGUGGCAGCAAACAGGUUGAAGAGACCUGUCAGGUGUAUGCUGGACAGAGAUGAGGACAUGCUGAUCACUGGAGGUCGUCAUCCGUUCUACGGGAAAUACAAAGUUGGUUUCCUCCAGAGUGGGAAGGUAGUCGCUCUGGAUGUGUCUUUCUACAGCAAUUCUGGAAACUCCAUGGAUCUCUCCCAGGCAAUUAUGGAGCGUGCUCUGUUCCACAUGGAAAAUUCAUACCGGAUACCAAACGUGCGUGGCCAAGGUUUCAUGUGUCGCACCAACCUCCCAUCCAACACGGCCUUCAGAGGCUUUGGAGGACCUCAAGGCAUGAUGGUAGCUGAGAACUGGAUUACAGAUGUGGCUCAUAGUCUGGGCCGCUCACCUGAGGAGGUGCGCCGGUUGAACCUGUACUUGGAGGGAGAGUCAACGCCCUACAACCAGAUCCUGCAUGGCCUCACACUGGAUCGCUGCUGGGACGAGUGUCUUUCACGGUCUGAAUACGAGCAACGACGAGCUGCUGCUGAUCUCUUUAACAGACAGAACCGAUGGACCAAACAAGGACUUGCGAUCGUGCCCACUAAGUUUGGCAUCAGCUUUACAGCCACCUUCCUCAAUCAGGCUGGCGCUCUCGUCCACAUCUACAGAGACGGCUCUGUGUUGUUGACUCAUGGAGGGACAGAGAUGGGACAGGGACUUCACACCAAGAUGGUCCAGGUUGCCAGCAGGGUUCUGGGUAUUCCCUGUUCAAAGGUUUUCAUCUCAGAGACCAGCACCAACACCGUGGCCAACACCAGCCCCACCGCUGCGUCCGCAUCCACCGACCUCAACGGGGCGGCCGUUCAGAACGCCUGUGAGACUCUGCUGAAGCGCCUGGAGCCGUUUAAGACCAAGAAUCCCAAAGGAUCUUGGGAGGACUGGGUGAAUGCUGCUUACUUCGACAGAGUCGACCUCAGUGCCAACGGCUUCUACAAGACUCCAGAUCUGGGCUAUGACUUUGACACCAACUCAGGCAGAGCCUUCAACUACUACAGCUACGGAGUGGCUUGUUCAGAGGUGGAGAUAGACUGUCUGACUGGAGCUCACAAGAACUUGAGGACCACUAUAGUGAUGGACGUAGGUCACAGUUUGAAUCCAGCCAUCGACAUCGGACAGGUUGAGGGGGGCUUCAUGCAGGGUCUGGGCCUCUUCACGCUGGAGGAGCUCCAUUACUCCCCUCAGGGGGUCCUCCUCACUCGGGGUCCUGGUUCCUACAAGAUUCCAGCCUUCGGCGACAUUCCCACUCAGCUGACCGUCUCGCUGCUCCGAGAUUCUCCCAAUGAAAAGGCCAUCUUCGCCUCCAAGGCGGUGGGCGAGCCUCCUCUCUUCCUGGCGGCGUCUGUUUUCUACGCCAUCAAAGACGCCGUCAGAGCCGCCCGGGCGGAGUCACAAAUGAUGGGACCCUUUAGGCUGGACAGCCCAGCCUCAGCAGAAAGGAUCCGCAACGCCUGUUGUGACCAAUUCACCAAACUGUGCCCUCCAGCUGAGCCAGGAACCUUCACGCCCUGGUCGGUACGGGUUUAGAGGACGAUCUGGUCUCAGUUUACAGACGCCGUGAUCGUCUCAUCAUCCUGGCUGUGAUGAACUGCUGGGGUUCUGUUCUGGAUCCUUCUGAUGAUACAGAGAACCGCAGAGGUUCUGGGAGGAUUUCCACAAAUCUGCUUCGUCUAAUUUCACCAUCUGUAAGGACCAAACUGGAGCUACAUGACGAUGACUGUGUCUGGAGAAAAUAAAACUUGAUGAAACCUG